AUGGUAUUUUACUUCACCAGCAAUGUUGUUCAACCACCGGUGACACUGUUCAUGGGUUUGGAUAAGUACGAAAACGAAGAUCUUAUUCGAUGGGGCUGGCCGGAAGAUGUGUGGUUCCACGUACAUAAGGUGUCCUCGGCCCACGUGUACCUGCGGCUCGAGCCGGGCCAAACGCUCGACGACAUCCCAUCGACCGUUCUGGAAGACGCCUGUCAGCUGGUCAAAGCGAACAGCAUCAAUGGCAACAAGAUGAACAAUGUCGAUAUCGUGUACACGAUGUGGGACAAUCUCAAGAAAACGGCCGCGAUGGAGGUUGGGCAGGUGGCUUUCCAUCGCGAGAAGGAGGUGCGCAUGUUUCGGGUAGAGAAGCGCAGCAACGAAAUAGUGAACCGUUUGAACAAAACAAAACGCGAAGAAUCGAUCGAUUUCCGGGCGGAGCGUGAAAAGCGGGACGCGCUGGAGCGUGCCGAUAAGAAGCGGAUGGCAAGGGAGCAACGGGAGCAUGAAAAGGAACAAGAAAAGCAACGCCAGGAGGAAGCGGAACUGCGGAGCUACAAUUCGCUGAUGAAGCCGGAAAAUAUGACCUCUAAUUAUGACGCUGGUAACGAUUCGGACGAGUUUAUGUAG